ACACACCUCCCAACCGUCGCCGCGCUCUCGCCCCUUCACCGGCAACCUCUCAUCGUCCUCAAAGCUCGCCGGAGGAUCAGCAAAGAGAGCUAACAGGGAGAUAGACGUGCAAGGCAACCACAAAGAGAGAAGAAGAGAGAUCACCUACUUUGACGUUAAUACUGACCACACAAUUACUCUCUCAGUCUGCGAAAAUUUCCCCGGCAAUUUAGCGGUGCUUUAUCUCCCGCUGUUUCAUCCGCACGCUUGCCUCUCUACGAACCGAGGAAGUACGGAAACUGAAUGGCUGUGGAAAGGUCUGCGACGGUCUCCGCCUCUUCUAUUUCGAAGCUCUCCCGCUUCCAGAAGAUCGUCCUCGGGUGGGACUACCUCCGCCUCCUCAGAGAAUCUGGGAAGAAGCAUGUCGGAGAGGGGUUGAAGCACGUGAAGAGCACUUUUGACAGUGUGGAAGAAUACAUUGGGGUGUUCGAGCCUCUAAUUUUAGAAGAGCUGAAGGCCCAAAUCGUCCAAGGGAAGGAUGAGGAAGAAGGGUUUAUUGCUUUUGGCAGCUACGGAUUGGCAGAGAGGUGCUGUUGCUACUUGCCAGGAAUCUGAUGAAUUUCAUAAACUGUCCCUGGCUGUUCUAGAUGAUUUCCGAGAGGACGUGUCUGAGAAUGAUCUUUUGCUUCUUUCAAUGGAAAAGUUUCAAGAGGGGGAAGCGCCAAAGCCUUAUGCUUUUGCAUUGGUAGAUCAUCGAGGUGGUAAGGAAACUCUUACGGUUCUAACCUAUUUCUGUGGGGGGGUAAAGCAAUUGGAUAGCAUGAAAGCUGACUCUAGUCCACGGCUUUUGAAGAUGCUUUUGAGUUCUAAACCAGGUGAAAGUUUUGUCUGGAUUCUAAAGAUUUGCAGUUUAUCAACUAUCAUGCGCGAAUAUACAGCCAUGCAUUCUAUUGCACAUCUUCCGUUUAAGGAUUUAAUUUUGUCUGCUUCCCACAAGUCAUAUUGUAGUGUUUCUGAAGGUCAGGCCUGGAAUGUUCCUAAACCUCUCAUGGAUCACCUUGAAGAUUGCCUUAACAGUUCACAAUUAGAUGCCAUAAAUGCAGGCCUUUUGCGUAAACCAUUUGUUCUGAUACAGGGUCCUCCAGGAACAGGAAAAACCCAUACAAUUAUUGGACUUCUUAGCACCAUUCUCCAUUCAUCUCCUACAAGCAUACACUCGAAUGGUGGAACUUCUCGUAUCAAGCCGAGGCCAGUAAUGUCUAUCGAAGAGAGACAUACACACUGGAGAAAAGCAUCUUCUUGGUUAACCGGUCUGAGUCCAAGGGAUCUGAUUAGACCUAUUGAUGGUGAUGAUGGAUUUUACCCCGUUGGGAAUGAACUGAAACCUGAAAUUGUCAAGUCUGACCGCAAGUAUCGGAGACAUGUUCUGGUUUGUGCUCCAUCUAACUCUGCACUUGAUGAGAUAGUACUACGAGUUUUACACAGAGGUAUUCAUGAUGAAAAUAACCAUGUCUACACUCCCAAAAUUGUGCGAGUUGGUCUGAAGCCGCAUCAUUCAGUGCAAGCAGUGUCCAUGGAUUACCUUGUAGAGCAAAAGCUUGCCAGUAUGGAUCGUUCAGCAUCUCCCGGUGGAAAGUCUGGGGAAUAUGUGAAUCGGGAUAAGAUUCGUGAUACAAUUAUUGAUGAAUCAGCCAUUGUGUUCUCCACUCUUAGUUUUAGCGGGUCAGCAAUUUUCAGCCGAAGUAGACGUAUCUUUGAUGUUGUUAUAAUCGAUGAAGCUGCUCAGGCUACUUGUGAAGGUUUGGAUCAAAAGGAGGUGAACCAAACGGAUGUACUUGUGGAAGGUGAGGCCUGAGGUUUACCUGGAAGAUAAAGCUUGAAGACCCCACAAGCAAGAGUCUGUAUUAAAAUUUGACUGGGUUGU